AUGGCCACGAAAAUGAAGCUGUGGUAUGGCGUGUGCAUGACGGUGGCUGUGACGACGAGUGUGGUGUCGAGUGCUAAUACGCAGCCACAAGCGACAACCGACUCGAGAUGUAACUGCUACCUUACCAAUACUUCUUCCCACGAUGUAUUCAGCAGUCACAAAUUUUUCGAUUUUCGCAGCAUGUCUAAAUAUGUCAAUGUGCCAAAACCCCUAGAAGAUCCGAGCCUGGAUAGUCUGGCCAACGUGACCAGCAGCUACUUUGCAAGCCAAGAAUGGAAAAAGUAUUGGGAGAUUCAGAGCUGGAACAACAGCGCAAGCUUGAACGACAAUGGCACGGCGGGAAACGACGCGACUGUCUUGAUGGUGAAUUCACUCAACAAUGUGUACUUUGAGGCCAACAAGGACCCUAGAGCGUCGUCACAAAGCUACCUCACUCUGCGGACGGCGCGGCACGACGGCUACCAGUCUGCGGCCGAGUUCGACUCAGUAUCCGGAGACUACCACUAUCUCAGCAUGAGAAUGCUCGCCAGGACACGUGGUGCGGCGGGUGCCGUAACGGCCAUGUUUACGUACCGCGGCGGCGGCGGCGGCGGCGAGGGAGCGGCAUCGGCCGUGCAAGAGGCCGACCUCGAGAUCCGGACAGGCGAUCCCAGCAAUGUGAUCCAAUACACGAACCAGCCGGCAUUGCACAACAGCACGGGAUCGACGCGGAACAUAACGCUGCCGUCUCACCUGAGCUGGAGCGACUGGCAACACCAUCGCAUCGACUGGACUCCGGGCUCAAGCACGUGGUUCGUCAAUGGUCAAUUGGUCUCGCGCAUUACGUCGCAGGCACCGCGCGACCCGAGCCGCAUACUGUUCAACGCCUGGAGCGAUGGGGGUAGCUGGAGCGGUAACAUGGCGCGCGGGUCCGAGGCAUACCUCCAGAUCCAGUGGAUCGACAUGGUUUUCAACAACACCGACACCAGCCUCGGGGCUAAUCCGGCGGCCGUCCGCGGCCACUGCGCCAACGUGUGCAGCAUCGACCAGACACGGACUAUUGGAAGCCCGGUGCUGAUUGCAAGUGAUAACGGCGGAGGUCAGUACAAGGCAUGA